AUAACUUCUUAACGAUCAUAGGAAAAGAACUUAUUUAUUUGACCUCCUACUUACAAUGUUUUAAACUUUAAUACUAACUUAAAUUUUGUUAAUUGGUAAUAGAACUAAAAUUUAUUUGAAAUGUCUCAUCAAUCUCACAUCACCAAUCCAAACUCAAACUCUGAUUCCACCCUAAAGGAAACAUUAACGGAGAAUCUCAAGGGAUACCAAGUGCUCGUGGACAAUCUUACCAACCAUCUUGGAAAUUUAAUUAAGCACGAUGAAAAACGAUCCUCAGACCUAUUUGAAAUUAUAGGUUUGCUUUCCCAACAAGUUACCGAACUUCAGAAAUAUGCUGAUGCUCUGCAAAAGCAUGCUGAUGCUCUGCUUAAACAAGCUGAGGCUCUGCAAAAACAAGCUGAUGCUAUGCAAAAACAAGUCGAAAUCCUGCAAAAACAGGCUGAUGACUCGAGAGAACUCACCAAAGAAAUCUUAUUGAUGUCCAAAGAGUUCCGCUCUGGCUCUGUUGUCUCUUCAGGUGACAACCCCAGUGCUCUUCAACAAAUCACUGAUUACCAUAUUGAUGAUAAGUUAGAUCUGAUUUAUAAAUCCUCGGUUCAGAAAUUCUCUAAACUGCUUAGAUCAGAUCUGGGGAUCGGUCCUUUAUUGAAAUACUUUUAUGAUUUCAGAGCAUUCCUUGAAUUCCACAAAAAGGGUCACUUAGCUGACUACUUAGAUGGAAUGGAUGUUAAAAAUAUUACUCUGUCCGAGAAAGAUACACUUGGACAAAUGAUCCGCUCCGCUGUUGAUAAUAAAAUUGAAGAAGAUUUAAGAAUUAAUCCUCUCACUACUUCGGAUCAGAAGGAAGAUGACUAUGCCAUCAAACUUUUUAAUUAUGUUAUGAAGAAAGUAAUUGGUAAAAAGCUUGAACUUCAAGACUAUUUGUCUUAUGCUAACACUAUUCAUUUGCAAGUCAAGCAAAAUGGGUUGAAUUUAUAUAAAUUUAGAAUCGGUCAACUUAAACACUUACAAACAUGGUUCAACCUUGGGAAUAACGAACCACAUGCCAUCAACAAUUUAUAUAAUAAUCUUCCAGAAAAUGCUAAACGCUACAUAAGAAAAUCAUGGUGUGAUGAUAAUAAUAUCGCCUCUACCAGUAAAGUCGAAGACUUAGAUGAUGACAUAAAAGACGGUUUAACAACAUUUGACCAAUACUUGGGAUAUGCUACAGUUGCUUAUCAUAAUAUGCCGAUGGAAAAUGAUUCCUCGUCAAUUAUGAAAACCCGAGUAUCUCAUCCACCUAACAAGGAUGAAAAUAAAAGAAAUAUUAGUAAUAAACCAAAAAGUAGCAACAAGAAAGAAAAGGCGUUUGUGAAUAAAGCUACUACUAUUACUAAUACCACCAGUGGAGAUUCUGCGAGGCCUAGUUAUCAUUGAUUCGGGUGCAGAUGUGUCAAUCACCCAUAGAGUUGAAUUAAUUCACGACUAUGUUAGCCUCAAAGAUAGCCACAUGGGUUGCGUCGGUAUAAAUGAUGAAUCUACGCCAAUUGACGGUGUCGGUUUCUUGCUAUUGAAUUUCGGAGGAGAACUAAUUAAAUUAAAUGUUUUCCAUGUACCAUCUACACAAAACACAUGUAUCAGUGAAAAUGAUUUGAUGAAAGCUGAUCAAAGAAUUAAAGUAGACUC